GUCCGAGCCCGAGCCCGAGCCCGAAUCUGUGGCGGAGCAAACCAAAGAAAUCGUCGUUGAGGAGCCUGAGCCUGAGGCCGCUGCUCCCGAGGAGCCUGCCCCUGCCGAGGAGGCGGAACAGGCUGUCGAGGCUGAAGAGCCUCAGCCCGUAAAGCGCAGCAGAUCCAAGUCGCCCGGCAAGCGUGGCAGUGUCUCUCCAAAGCGUGGCCCGUCGCCUGCCAAAGCCCCCGAGGCUGAGCUGGAAUUGGAGGAGGGCGAGAUCGCCGAGGAGGCUCGUGCCCAGUCGAAGGGACGCAGCCGAUCCAAGUCCCCCAAGAAGCAGCUCACCGAGACCCCCGUGAAGCGGUCCGAGUCCCCUGCCCCCGAGGAGCCCGCCUCGGCCAGCUCCCCAGCCAGCAAGACUCGCACUCGCUCCUGCCGCAUCUUGAGCGUUGCUGAGUUCAGCCUGCUCAACUACCCGAGCGGAGUCGAGUGCCCCAAGAUGGUCGACAGCAAGAUCGAAUAUCUUAUGGCGUUCAUGAAGGCCUUUGGCUCUGUCACCACCCAGCGUCCCGAGAAGCUCCCCUCGCUCGAGUUCAUCUACGACAUUGCCGAGCGAAACAACUCCUCUCCCAAGCCGCGAAACAACAGUCAGCGUGGCGCGUCUCGCGCCGGUUCCGUCGCCGAGAACCGCAACAACCCACCCAAGACGAGCCAGGAGCGUUACCUCGAAAGUCUCGAGGGCAAGAAGACUGUCGGCGUCGCCGGCGUCAUGUCCAGCAUCGCCAGUCAGAAGGGUGGCGCUGGAUGGCAGCCCAGUCCCCAGCGCACCAAUUCUCAGCGUGGUGGCAAAUUGGGUGGCCGAAACAACAGCGGCAAGAACGCCCGUGCCCCCUCGCAGAAGGACCUGCUGGCCCAGCAGGCUGCGGCCAACCUGCCUCCCGUCAAGCCCCUGGAGAAGAGCGACAACGCCUGGUCCUCCACCCUCGGCCAGAAGCACGAGGUCUCCCAGGAGGACGAGGAAGCCUUCUGCGCCCAGCUCUCCAAAAAGGCUCGCUCGAUCCUGAACAAGCUGACGCCCGAAAAGUUCGACAAGCUCGCCCGCCAGAUGGUCGAGCUCGAGCUCACCUCUCCCACCUUCCUCAAGUCCGUCAUUGAGCUGAUCUUCGAGAAGGCCGUGGACGAGCCCAGCUUUGGUGGUCUCUAUGCCAACCUCUGCUUGUUCAUGAGCGCCGAGCUCCCCAAGGUCCAAUCGUGGGUCUCGAGCGAGGGUAAGAACAAUCACUUUAGACGCGCCCUCCUCAACACCUGCCAGGAAGAAUUCGAAAGCGGCAAGAAGUGGACCCAGGAAGAUGCUGCCAGUGAGGCCGAGAUGAUCAAGAACCUCCCCAACAUGACUGCAGAGGAGAAGGAGGCCUAUGCCUUGGCCAAGUUCGAGCGCAGCAAGGUCAAGCGCCGCGUGCUCGGCAACAUCAUCUUUAUCGGCGAGCUCUUCAAGCUCAACAUGAUCACCGAAAAGAUCAUGCACAGCUGUGUGAACCAGCUCCUCCGCGAUGUCCGCGACCCCGAGGAAGAGGAAACCGAGUCGCUCUGCAAGCUGAUGGCCACCAUCGGCUCGCGCCUGGACCACGAGAAGGCUCAGCAGCACAUUGACCUGUACUUCUCGAGAAUCGCCGAGCUCUCCAAGAACCAGAAGCUGCCUUCGCGUAUCCGCUUCAUGCUGCAGGAUCUGAUUGAGCUUCGCCAGAACAAGUGGAAGGCUCGACAGGAAGCCUCCGGCCCCAAGAAGAUCAGCGAGAUUCGCGCCGAGAUUGAGCGCAAGCAGCAGCAAGAAGAGGAGGAGCGGCGCCAGCGUGAGCUCUCGCAGCGCAGCCGAGGCUCGCAAAGCGGCCGACACACUCUCCCGACCCGUGCGGAUCAGUUCGACAAGCGCCGUGGCGGUGACGGCCGUGGCAGCAUGAGAGACGGCCGAAGCGGACCCAUUGGAGACGGCUGGAGCACGGUUGGCCGCAACAGCGGCGGCGGCCCUGGCGCCUCGGGCAGCUCAAAUACCCAGGCCGGCGAUCUGAACAUGUUUGGCUCGCUGCAGUCCUCCACCACCAAGCGGGACCGCAAGUCGAUUGUCCUCGGCCCCAGCGGCUCCUCGGGCAAGUGGUCGAUGGGAGCCGGCACUUCUGCCAGCGCAAAAUCCCGACAGGGUCUUCAGCAACAGGAGAAGGAGGAGCCCAGCCGGGCGCCAACCAACAUGUUUGACCUGCUCGGAGACAGCUCCGAUAAGAAGCACGAUGACAAGCACGCCGACUCGCCGGCAGCAAGCACACCCGCUUCCUCAGCCAAGUCUGCCGCCGCCCCUGCCGCAACCCCGACCGAAGAAAAGGCCAUUAGCCCUGGCAUGGCCAAGCGCAAGAUUGAAAACAUGCUCGCCGAAUGGUGGUCUCUUGGGGAUGUAUCGGAGGUCGUUGCUACCAUCAAAGAAAUGAAAACAGAGGCCUACCACGUCGAUGCCGUCUAUGCCUUUGUCGAAGGCGUGAUGGAGAAGAAGCUCGACCAGCUGAAGAAGACUGUCUCGAUGCUUGUGAAUGUGUUCAAGCAGGGUGUUGUGCGCAGCGAACACCUGAGGGAUGCCAUCGUCAAAUACUCGGAGGUCCUUGAGGAUGUCGCCAUCGACGUGCCAUCGGUUUACAAGUUCACAGGCAUCCUGAUUGCCCGACUUCUCGCCGCCGAGGCUUUCGUGCUUUCCGACCUCGAAACGCUCCUCUCCAACCUCCUGGCAUCGCCCAGCCGCAAGCCUCCUGCCGUUGUCAUUCUCGGCGAGAUCAUUGAGGACUUCAAGUCGAACGACCAGCUGCAAGGCCUCCAGGGCCUGGUGGAUGCCGAGCCCGAGUGGAACUACAAGGCCAUCUGGCCCGCCAACCGGGCUGCCGAAGCCAAAGUGUUCAUUACCGACCGUGGACUGAAUCUUCGCGACGACUAGGUCGUCACCUGCCCCCUCCAUAUCUCACCCCUCCCCUCUCCCCCUACUCCUCCUGUUUCGUGACUUUCCGAGCUCACCACGCGAGUAUGCUGUUUCCAGAACG